CCGGACAUUCUCCUGGAUAUAUCUGAUGUUCUCCUCAGACGACAGUUUUCGUUUCUGUGGCAAAUUCUGAGGUCCCGUGAUGUUAUAAAGACACCUCCAUCAUCUUACCCACAUCUUCACAGACAAAACUUAUCAGAUUCUCACUCAUUCAGACAUCAUGGAUGACCAACUACGCCACGACACAAGAUUUAGCUACGCCCUCAGAAGCGAACUGUCCUCCUCCAACCUCACGACCAACCCAUCCAACGCCACGCACCCAUUUAGUGUUUUCGAUGGAUGCGAGCACAUGGUUAGUGGGGUCGUUUUUGACCUCUCUAUACAAUCCAUCAACGUGAUUGUAGGAAUCCCGGCAAACAUCCUGGUCCUCUCUAAUCUUAUAAAUACCCGUAAAGAACCUUUAACUUCUGACAUCUUUAUGGGCUGCCUGGCCUUCAUGGACGCCUACUUCGGCUUUAUGACGAUCAUAGCGUUUCUCAAUCUGUACCACUGGAAGAGUCCGAUGGGUUGGAGGGCUCUGAAGUUCUCCUACGGCGUGAAGGACACCAGCGGUCCGCUGUUCCUCUCUUGCGUCUGUCUGGAUCGUUUCAUAGCCAUUCUUUUCCCAAUUGCGUUCGGACAGCUCAAAGACGCCAAAUACAGGAUCGGCCUCUCCAUCGUAGUCUUGCUUCUCACCUUCGCUUACGCUUCAGCCAAAACCGUCAGUGGCCUUCACAACUUUGAGAAGGUCUUCACCUUUGAAGUCUUGUUUUCUUUCACCUGGAUGGUGGUGUGCAACGUUGCCAUCCUGCUGGCACUCAAACGCUCUCGAGGGGCUGGAAAAGAUGAGAUGCAUCCUAUGAAGAGGAAAGCGUUUAAGAUGGUGCUGUCUAUCUUGGUCAUAAUAAUCUGUAACUAUCUGCCACCAGUUGUUAUGUUUCCUUUUGAAGAUCAUUAUCCACCAAAAGUUUUCACCUGUUAUGUACAGUCAGUGGGUUAUGCCUUUGUAAACAGUAGCAGCACAAUCCAGCCAUUAACUUACUUGUCUCGUCUGGAGAAAGUUCCCUUCUUACCUGAAUCCUGUGUGAAAAAGUUGUCUUGCAAAGAGAAAGAGAAACCAACAAAGGCAUGACGAAAUAAAUACACUUCUUAAAGGACAAGUUUGGUAUUUU